UCUGUCAGUCAGUCAGAACAGCAGCAGCGACGGGAAGGGCAGCACGGCAAGAUGGGCAUAUGUGCGGUUACUGGUAUGAAGGUCCCCACUGAGGCGUCCACAGAGUGUCCCGUAUGCCUGAAGGAGUACGAUAGAUCCUUCGGAGGAAUCCCGCGGUUCCUGAAAUGCGGACACACCUUCUGCGCCUCCUGUCUCCUGCACAUGAUAGACUUGAGGGUGCCGAAGAGCCCCAUGAAGUGCCCUCUGUGCCGCGAGAAUCACCACCACAGGGGGAGGUUGCCGCCUUUCAACCCUGCCUUCCGCGGCGCCCUGAAACGACCCAUGGACACGGCGACGGAGGUGAAGGAGGCUCGGUGUCUGCGCAUCACCGAGAUCGACCCUUACGUCUUGGUUAGUUGGGGGUGUAUCGAGCAUGGUGGCGAGUGACGGAGAGCUGGAUCAACCCCGUAUUCUUAUCCCAUCGGCACCUCCGUUCGCCUGUUUAAAAGCCUCUCGUACAAGUUGCUCGGGUUUCCAUGGAGUUUUGUGAUCCUAGUGACAGUUUUACACGACUUCUGCGCACCAUGAACGGAAAAGUGACCCACGAAUACUCGGUUACUCUUCUCUGUGGUCUUGGGAAAUGAAUUUAAUAGGAGCCCGAUGCGUUGACAAAUAUGUACCUCAUCUUCACCUAUAUGUGUGUGUGUGUGUGUAAGUGUAAGAGUGUGUGUGGUAUUUAUAUCAUCACAUUCUCAUAAACUAUUCUGAACUAU